GAAGAAAACAAAAACCCUCAAAUAUUGCAAAUCCCGCCCAAUUUCUUGACACCUGACUCUCUCAAUCUUAUUCCCCAAAUCAAAACCCCCAAAAUCCUCCAUCUUCCCACCAUUACUUCAUUCGCAUUUUCAUCUCCCCCGCCAUUGUUUCUCGAUCUGGUUAUCAUCAGAAACCAAGUUUAAAAAUGUCGGAGAAGAAAAAGAGGGGAGUUUCUAAAUGCAAAAAGAAGCUUUUAAAUCCGGAUCAAUCUAAAGUUGAUUUUAAUGAGAAGGGUAUAGCGAUCGGUAAGAAUGCAGGGAACUUUAUGUCUUGGAUUGGUGUCGAAUGUAGAAGAAAGAUCCCGUACGAUAAACGUGCUAGAAAAGUAAACCCUAAAAUAUACGAAGAUAUUUGGGAAUACGCUAAGCAAAUUUGGGAUAUUCCUAACGACCUCGGGAAAAAAAAAACUUUAGAAAAGGGGAAGAAGAUAAUGAGGCAAUUUCGUUACGAACUUAGAAAAAAAAUAUAUUUAUAAAGAAGAAUCUUCCAAUAAAGAUAAAAAUGAAAACCCCGUUAAAGAGAAAGGCGAAACUCCCUUUGAAGAUUACGAUUAUCUAGACGGGGAACCAUGGAAGUCUUUUGUUGCAAGUGUUGAUACCGAAGAGUGGAAGAAAAUAAGUGAAAAAGCAAAGAAGAGCGUAAAAGAAAACAUUAACCCCGCGUGUGUAGGGAGAUGUGGUUUUGUUGGACUGGAGCCCCACAUUGAAAGUAGAUGGAAUCAACUUGUUUCAAGCUAUCCACAUUUAGAUGCUAUUGAACAUCCUAGCUCUAUAAAGAAUACAGUAAGUAAAGCACGUCUUAAUCCGGUCACAAAGCUAUAUGAACUUAGAGAAAACCUUAUAUCAAAUGGUGAUUUGACAGGAUUACUUGAAUUAUUGGAUAAAAAAGAAAAACAAAAACAACUGAAGGAUGAUGGCUCCUAUUCCACAAAGAAAAACAAGAACGAGGCUUUAGAGACAACGUCUGGGGAGAUCCUUGGUAGUCCUGGCAUGGGCCUUGCGGCCGGUAGUUCGUCAGAAAUCUUGUCUAUUAAAAAAUGUGAACUUCUGCAUCUUGACGACCAAGGUGCUCUUAAGGUUGUAGCAAUUGGUCGUGUUCAUCCUACUGAUGAUAGGGUUGUACAUGGAUGCCCAAUAAUAGAUGGUUUCGUGAAAGUUCAAAUAGAUAGAGUUGUAGAAGGUUGCGGAUCGACUCGUCUUUUGCCAGAGUCAUGUAUUUAUGGUGAAAUAGAACUUUUGAAAGAUGCAAAAGGAAGUUUUAUUCAAUGGCCCGUUAAAUUAAUAAAGAUUUUGAACAAAGACUCUCAAACUGUAGAACCAUGUCACCAUUUUAUAAGUACACCUUAUAGGCCACAGUUUGAGGCAACUCCUGCUGACCAACAAGCGAUUCCAAAUGAAAGAAACGAGUAUCAAAUAUACUCUUAUGCACUACAAGAUGAUGAGACUUUUAAUCAAUUGUUUUCUGAGAAUACGACGGCCGAGCAUGUUUCUUUUCGUAAACCUACUGAGCUUGUUCAUGCUUAUCAACAUACCAAGCCCGUUAUUGCUAAUCAACCUACGAAGACCGUUCAUGCUAAUCAAUCUACCGAGCCCAUUCGUGAUUGUCAGCAUACUAAACCGAUUGUUGUUGCUUCUAAAUCUUCAACAGAAAAAAUAAAAGUAUCGAAAGAAAAAAUAAAAGUAUUAGAACUUUUAGAAAUGGCGAGAUCCAGGCCUCAAAACAUAUAUAGAUUAGCACAAAAAGUGGCACUUCAUUCUGAAAAAGCCUUGUUUACGGUUUUUACUUCGCCAACUGGGAUGUAUGAGGAACGUGUUGAAGAGACGGUUGAAUUUGAGGCAGUUAUACAGUUAUGUGUCAACGGUUGGGCGGAUAUUUGCUUUGUGCAUUGGUUCACAAUGUAUUUAUAUGCAGCCGGGGAACGGGAGGGUUUAAAUAAUACUGCAUAUUUUCAUCCCCGUUAUAUUGAAGGUGAACUUGUCUCAGAUGAUGGUGACUUUGUGAUUGACCAUAUCAAAAAGGUCAUCUCUUUUCAUAAGGACAAACAAUGGUUUAUUGCACCAUACAUAGCCGGGAAACACUGGGUACUAAUUAUACUUCAACAUCAUCCGGUAUAUAAAACUUGGAAGGGUUACAUAUUUGAUUCACGUAAAGGUAAAGAUGAUGAUGAUUAUUCAUGUUACGAGAUUACAACAUUAUUCGAACAGGCCAUAGAAGAAAAUAUGACGUGGGCUAAGGUUAAAUGUCGUUUACAACCUAAUGGAUGGGAGUGCGGUUAUUGUGUUAUGUUGGCUAUGUAUGAUUUUGUGAUUCGUAACAGAGAACAUAUGUUGGCAAAUAAAACUAAAAUGGUUCGUCAAGGUGAAAUUGAUGAAUUUGUAGAGCGUACUUUAAAGGUGUUUAUAUCAUCUUUUGGUGACGUUGAGGAUGAGAAUGAUCAAUGAAGUGGCAAAGGAAUUCUGGUUAGCUGGUGUUACUUAGAGCUUGUGGUGGAUGAAGGAAGUUGCACAAAGUCAAAGGUUUUUGAAGUGUUUUUUACAUAGGUGUAAAACUGAAUGAUUCUAUGUUUUUUUAUGUUUUUUUUUUUUGUUAAAUUGAAUGCUUUAGACUAAUGGGUCAAGAUGGAUUCUUUAGCUAUUUAUAAAACGGUUCAUUGUUUGGUA